UUCAGGAUUGCCCAGCAACCUCUUCAACCUUACGGAUUUGAGGAACUAGGAUGAUUAUCUUAUAGCUGGACCUUUCAACUGGCAAAGACAAGUGGCUGUUGUCUUAUAGUGCCCUUUUGAAACCUGAUUUCCAGGUGAUACCAAAAUGGCAUCAAAACGAUCAGGACACUGGAUGAUUAUCAAAGAGACACCAUAUGUACUACUUCACAUGAGACUCACAUUGAAAUAUUUGGAUAAAAUGAGAUGCUUACGGAAGCGAUCAGCAGUAUCAUUCUUAGGAGUCCUUGUUAUUUGCCUGCUGUUCAUGAACUUAUACAUUGAAGAUGGUUAUGUAUUGGAAGGGGACAAGCAAUUAAUCAGAGAAGCGGCCACACACCAGCUUAAUUCAGAGCGUUAUGUUCACACUUUUAAAGACUUAUCUAAUUUCUCAGGAUCUAUAAAUGUUUCCUAUCGCUACCUAGCUGGCACGCCUUUGCCAAGGAAAAGAUAUCUUACAAUUGGACUAUCAUCAGUGAAACGGAAAAAGGGAAAUUAUUUGCUUGAGACAAUCAAGUCCAUAUUUGAGCAAUCAAGUUAUGAGGAACUUAAGGAAAUUGCAGUGGUUGUGCAACUUGCAGACUUUGAUUCCUCCUGGUGUGAAGGGAUGGUCCAGGAUAUUUCACAGAAAUUUGCCCAUCACAUCAUUGCUGGUAGGUUAAUAGUUAUCCAUGUCCCUGAGGAGUACUAUCCAGUCCUGGAUGGCCUUAAGAGAAAUUACAAUGACCCAGAAGACCGGGUGAAGUUCCGAUCCAAACAAAAUGUCGAUUAUGCUUUCCUGCUUAACUUCUGUGCUAAUCUUUCUGAUUAUUAUGUGAUGCUUGAAGAUGAUGUUCGAUGCUCAAAAAACUUCUUGACUGCUGUUAAGAAAGUAAUUACCUCACGAGAAGGAUCUUACUGGGUAACUUUGGAGUUUUCCAAAUUGGGCUAUAUUGGAAAGCUGUACCACACCCAUGACCUCCCACGCCUGGCCCACUUUUUGUUGAUGUUUUACCAGGAAAUGCCUUGUGAUUGGCUGCUAAUCCACUUCCGUGGGCUGCUAGCUCAAAAGGAAGUCAUCCGCUUUAAGCCAUCUCUGUUCCAGCACAUGGGAUAUUAUUCAUCUUACAAAGGAGCUGAGAACAAGCUGAAGGAUGAUGACUUUGAAGAGGAUUCAUUUGACAUACCUGACAACCCACCUGCAAAUUUGCAUACCAACAUGAAUGUAUUUGAAAACUAUGAAGCAAGCAAAGCUUACAGUAGCAUUGAUGAGUACUUCUGGGGCAAAGCUCCUUCUACGGGAGAUUUCUUUGUGAUUGUGUUUGAAAAGCCUAUUAAAAUCAGCAAAAUUAAAGUUGUCACUGGAACUGAAGACCGGCAAAAUGACAUUUUGCAUCACGGAGCCCUAGAAGUAGGGGAAAAAAUUGUAGGGAGCAAAAAGGGAAGGCAAUGUACUACUUAUUUGAGACUAGGAGAGUUCAAAAAUGGAAACUUUGAAAUGACAGAUGUGGAGCACAAAGUACUGUUUGAUAUUAACUGCAUGAGAAUACUCGUUACCAAAAGUCAAAAGGAGUGGCUGAUCAUUAGGAGCAUUAGCAUUUGGACUUCUCAGGCACCAAAUCAAUAAGGCCAAGCUAUUCAAGCAGGACCUCCUUCUUUUCCUGGUGGAGAUGCACCAUCAUUUGGGUCCCAGAUGGUGCCAUUCCCCAAGGGGAAAAACAUACUUCCAAUUCUUUACUAUUGACACUGGAAAUCUGGGAAAAUCAUAAAAACAAGCAAAAGCAAUUUAUUUUUUACUAGUUUGGCCAGGCAAUAUAC